AUGAGCCGAUGGAGAGUGACUGAGGGUGUGGUCGCAGAUCCGACGCGGAGGGGUGGCGGCGACCAGCAGCGCAGUUCGACGCAGCACAGCGCGGCGCGGCUCGGCACGGCACGGCCCGCCCCAGAAGAUACCCUCCCUCUCGCCUUGCUUGCUUUCCGGCUUAAGAGCUUCAGCUUGACUAAACAUAAAGCUGAAGAAAUGAAUGAUGAUGAUGAUGAUGAUGAUGAGUGGCCAUUGAAGCGAGCGGCACUAAGUGCUCACUCUGGAGGGUUUGCGAGACAAACAAUCCUCUGCCGCCCAUCUUUAUCGCCCCGAUGCCGACGGUGCGCACGCAAGGCGGCGGCGGCCAGAGCGCCGGGGGCGGCGGCGGCGGCAGCGCAGCAGGGGGCGGGCGCGGCGGGCUCCUCCGCGGGGCGCUCGGGGGCGCAGCGCACCACCUUCCGCCCGCCCUGGAUCAAGGAAGGGCCCGAGCCGCUGCCCAUGCCCGCAGCGCCCUGGACGCUGGCCCGCGCGCGCGACCGACGCACCAGCAGAGAUGAGCCCGCGGAGACGCCCGCCGCCGCGCCGCCGGCCGCGCGCAAGCAGAGCAAGAUCACCAUCGUGCCGUCGCAGCCCUCGGCGGCGGCCCCGCACGAGAACGGCAAGGCGGAGGAACCGCAGGAGCGGAAGAUCAACAUCCAGGUGGAGUCCAAGCAGCGCUCCGAGCCCAAGGCAGAGCCAAAGGCAGAGCCAAAGGCAGAGCCCAAGGCAGAGCCCAAGGCCGAGCCCCGCCCCCCGAAGCCAGAGCCCAAGGACGCUAGCAAGGUG